CGACUCGCAGCCUCGCACUGGCUAUACACCAACCAGGUUUCUGGGUCCCUAAGCUGUGCCUCGAAAUUACAUACCUGGUCUCCAGGGAUCUCGGGACGAGAGAUACCCAGAUACGCUGACGAUCUGGUGUCAGCUUCUCGCCAGCUCGACUAUUUUCCACCUGCAGCAGCUGUCGCCGAGGUUCCGUUGCAUAUAUAAAGUUGGGCCAGGGCCAUAUUCACCCAGACAAACCCAUCCACUGUACACCACUUCCUCUCCGUUCAACAUGCUCGGGAUUGCCAAGAACCGCUAUACAUUCAUCUCUAGCAUCAUCGCUGCCGCCACAUGGCCCUUCCACGCCAUAUCUCUCGUACUCGGCUUGGAAAGGCUUCCCUUCGAUGCUGAACACCAUCCAUUCGUCGCUCCAAGCAGGAAAGACGGCGACGUACGUUCACCGUGCCCCGCUUUGAACACCAUGGCCAACCAUGGCUACUUACCGCACAAUGGCAAGGACAUCGGUCCUGUCCAGCUGAUAUCAGGCCUCAUGCGAUGCUUCGGCCUAUCAUUCUUCCUCGCCACCUUCCUCACCUGCGGGUCCAUGCUCCUCAUCGGCCAGUGGCGAUUUCUAUCCCUGUACGACUACUGCAGGCAUAACGGCGUCGAACAUGCCGCGUCCCUCGCCCACCCCGACGUUCGCCGCCACGACCCACAGCGCGGCUACGACGAAUACGCCCCUUCAGACAUGAGUAAAGAUCUCUGGAAGAAACUUCUGCAGGAUUCUGCAGAUGGCCACGUCCUGACGGUGGAUGACAUCGCCCGAGCCCGCGUCCGCCGGGAGAGAGACACGACCGUCCCGCUCGACCGCGUACACGCUCAUAUAGCGCGCGGGGAGAUCGGCCUCGUGCUCGACAUCUUCGGCGGGCCCAAGCGCGAGAUUCCAAUUCCCGUACUUGAGCAGUGGUGGAAGACGGAGCAGUUCCCGCCGGGAUGGAAGCCCACCCGCAAACAGGGCUUCGUGCGAACGGGCGUGACGGGCGAGCUCGUCAAAUUCGGGAUGGACAGCAUAAAUGGAAUCUAUCAUCCUGUCAUCGAUCCGUUUCUCCGCAUAGCACGCAUAUUCAGGUUAAUCUAAUGUACUUAUGGCGAGUUCCCGCGGCUAUACACCACUAUUCUUAUUUACUGUAUUGGGUCUACACCACAAUUCUAUUCUUAUUUGC